UUUUUAUUUCUUCCGAGUUCCGCUUCUUCUCCUUCUCUCUCUCUCUCUUCCCACGCGCGGCCAAAAUUAGCCAAAUCGACUCCUCGAAUCAUCCGAAUCGAAUCGCCCACUUCUCCUCUCGAUCCGUCCUCCAAACCCUAGAAGCGAAGCAGCGAGACGCCGCCAUUAGGGUUAGGGUUUGCUCCUCCUCCUCUUCCCUCUACACGAGGCGGCGCUGGCGUCCAUGGCGCACGGCGGCGGCGGGAGGGCGAAGGUGACGCCGAACCUGGCGAUGGACGAGGAGGGGACGCGGGUGCUCAACAUCACCGUGCUCCAGCGCCUCGACCCCGCCGUCGAGGACAUCCUCAUCACCGCCGGCCACGUCACGCUCUACGACUUCGACACCAACCUCAACCAGUGGAGCCGGAAGGAUGUGGAGGGGUCGCUCUUCGUUGUCAAGAGGAAUGCGCAGCCCAGAUUCCAGUUUGUUGUCAUGAAUCGUCGUAAUACAGAUAAUUUAGUUGAAGAUCUCCUGGGAGAUUUUGAAUAUCAGCUUCAGGUUCCCUAUAUAAUGUAUCGCAAUGCUGCACAAGAAGUUAUUGGCAUUUGGUUUUAUAAUUCCCAGGAAUGCGAAGAAGUUGCAAAUCUUUUUAGCAGGAUAUUGAAUGCAUUCUCCAAAGCAACUCCGAAGCCAAAGGCUCCCUCUAUUAAAAGUGAAUUUGAAGAGCUGGAAGCAGCACCUACUUUGGUUGAAGGUCCACUAGAGCCUCAAACAUCGAAUAUCAUACCAGCUACUACCCAUGUCCAGGAGGAUCCGUUAUCUGCAUUCUUCAGUGGAGCUAUAAAUGUUGGCAGUGCCUCUGGUUUAUCAGUUGCAGGACAGUUAAAUCAAUCUUUUGGAUCUACUCCUUUAUCUUCACAUGCACCAACAAGUAUCAGUAUAUCUCAGCCUCCAGCUGUGCACCAUUUGCUCCCUUCUCAAACUUCAUCAGUAAUAUCCCCUGAUGUUCAUGGUGGAACUGGUGCUGUGGUCAACAGGUCAGCAAGCCUUCUAAAUCCAUCACUUUUUUCACCAUUGACAUCUUCUCAGACAACAAUGGCCCGCACCAAUCCUGUGGCACCUACUGCUCCACCUCAACAUCCUCGCAUCACUCAGCAACCACACAGUGCUCCCUUGCUUCAACCCUUUCCGUUACCUACAGCAUCGCCUUCUCCACCAUAUGGGACUCCGUUACUUCAACCAUUUCCGCCACCAAAUCCAUCCCCAUCUCUUGCAUCAGCACCGGUGUACAGCCCAGUACUGUCCAGAGAAAAAGUCAGGGAUGCAUUACUUAGGCUUGUUGAGAAUGAUGAUUUCAUCGAUUUAGUCUACCGGGAGAUUGUGAAAGGAUAGAAUUAACAUUUCAAGACAGCCUUCCUUCCAACAGGCUUGGUUUAUGUUUGACUAGGGACUUCUAUCAUCUUUCGUCAGCUAUUCAAGUUGCAGGACAUGCUACUGUAUAUUUGUUGGUGUAAGUCCAUAGGUGCACCAUCCUCCAUUGGCGGAGUUUGUAUUUAAGUACCAUUUUCAUAUCUGUAAAGACGAACUGAAUCUAUCUGCACGUUGGAAUAUUAUGUGUUGUAUAUCCUUGGUGCAGAAAAGUUUUGCUCCAUACAUAUCUGAAAUCUUUGGUUUUGGUCGCAUGCGAAAUUGUGAGCCAGUUUCGUACAUAUAUUUAGUAUUGAAAAAACAAGUCAUGAUGAUUAA